CAAAGAAUUUCGGAUCAAUUACCAGACAGCGAUUCUCCCUCAAUCAGCACUCUUUCUAUUCCUCCCAACUUUUUUUUUUUUUUUUUCUUCUUCCCCAAAUUGUCCCUUCAUUUUCAGUAUCACCUUUUUGACCCCGUGAGAUCCUUCUCCAGUUGGUUUCUCAAAUUUUUUUUGUGUCUGAAGAAAUCAGCACCGGGAAGAUUGCAGUUAGGGUUUCGGAGUCAAAAACCUUGAGGGCGAAUCACAUUGCAGAUGCUGCGGAGGUCUUCGGAAUCGUAGACUAGACGAAAGGGGCUUAGGGUUUUCUCCGGCGGAUUCGAUUGUUUUAGUCUCCGGCGAAAAUGGCUAGUAACUUGCCGAUGAGCCCUCAGUUGGAGCAGAUCCAUGGUGAAAUCCACGACAAUUUUCGAGCCCUCGCAAAUGGCUUCCAGAAGCUGGAUAAGAUCAAAGACUCAAGUAGACAAAGUAAACAGCUUGAGGAACUUACAGGAAAGAUGAGAGAAUGUAAAAGAUUGAUUAAAGAGUUUGAUCGUGAAAUGAAGGAUGAGGAGGGCCGAAAUACUCCUGAUGUGAAUAAGCAACUCAAUGAUGAGAAGCAAUCAAUGAUCAAGGAGCUGAAUUCAUAUGUACAAUUGAGAAAAACGUAUAUGAAUAGCCUUGGUAACAAGAAAGUUGAACUCUUUGAUAUGGGAGCAGGAGUUAGUGAACCAACAGCUGAUGACAAUGUUCAAAUGGCAUCAGCUAUGUCAAAUCAAGAACUAAUCAAUUCUGGGACGAAAACAAUGGACGAGACUGACCAGGUCAUUGAACGGUCUAAAAAGGUUGUUCAACAGACGAUUGAAGUUGGAACUCAAACUGCUGUUACCUUGAAGGGCCAAACCGAUCAAAUGGGCCGCAUUGUCAAUGAGCUGGACACAAUUCAGUUUUCAAUCAAGAAGGCCACCCAGCUUGUGAAAGAGAUCGGUAGGCAGGUGGCAACAGAUAAAUGUAUCAUGCUUUUCCUUCUGCUUAUAGUAUGUGGUGUAAUAGCAAUUAUUAUUGUGAAGGUUGUUAACCCUAACAACAAGGACAUCAGGGAUAUCCCUGGAUUGGCACCACCAGCUGCAAGGAGGCUUUUGUCUGUGAGUACUGGGGAACAGUUCAAGUAGAUUCCUCCUCUUUUACAAGAAUUCAAUUUUUCCUAUCCGGUUUUCUUAUUCUAGAGGAUGGAGAGGAAGCUCAGAGGAAUGCGUUUGUGGGCAUUGAUCGGUCUUUUCAUUUCAUUUAUAAUUUAUUCUUGCCUGAGUUGUGCAUAUUGUUUGUGAUUCUCUAUGUAAAUCACAUGCUGAGUCAUUUUUUUUUACUUUGUUUUGAAUGCCACCACGGUUCUUUCUGUAAUCUUUCCAUGAUUAUCUUAGUUAAUAGAGAGAAGAUGAUGUAUUUUACUCGGUCCAGUUACGUAGCCCUUUCAAUGUGUAUGCACACUUUGUAAUUCCAAUUUCUACCUGGUGAAUGUGGAUGUGAUGUUGCCAAA